CGACUGCUUGAAAGACACUGAUAUACAUGGAACAAGAGAAGCCUCAGUCACGGGCACUGUUUUGAACCUCCAGUAGAAACUAGCCACAUGUCCAGCUUGUGUGUUUAUAUACACCCGUCUUUGGCUCGCCUUAGUAUAUCAUUCUGAUACGCCAUGGCGAAAGCAACAGAGCAGAAGAAAAACUCUAUAACAGUGGAAGAGACGAAGCUUGACAUACGCGAUGUGGUCACCAUAACAUACGACGAGGAUAACCGUCACGGAGGCACACGCAAUGACGUGGCAAUGGUUGUGCUACGAGCCAUGUGCAUGGCCGUAUCGGCUGUGUCUUUGUUGUUAAUGGUGACAGCCCGUGAGACUACCAUGACAACUCUCUACGGUUUCGAGUUUCAGCUCCACGCCGUUUGGUCUCUCUCAGAUUCCCUCAUAUAUCUAGUGGUGGUUACAUCAGCGACGGUUAUUUACUCAUCCGUGCAACUGGUUUUAAGUGGGACCAGACUAAUGAGAAAAACACCGGUUGUUCCGACAAGAACACAAGCAUGGUUUUGUUUCAUUGCAGAUCAGAUACUGGGAUGUGCGAUGGUGAGUGGAGGAUCAGCGGCUUUAGGUGUGACGAAUAUGAACAGAACAGGAAUCAGACACAUGCCUAUUCCAAAUUUCUGCAAGUCUCUCGGUUUCUUCUGUGACCAUCUCGCAAUCUCCGUCGUCUUCGCCUUGCUCGCGUUUCUCCUCCUCGCAGCUUCUUCUAUUCUCGACGCAGGCGACUGCUAGAGAAUUAUUACUGUUUUACCCUUUUAUGUCUUCUUAAUGAUGGUCUUUCUUUUUGAUAUUUUUGUUUGUUCUAGUUGAUGUCAGUGAAUCUUCCAGUUCCAAAGUUUUGAAUUUUGUUGACUGAGUCCUAUAUAAACGACAAAAACGCUUCAAAGAAAAAAACUGCAUUACCUUUCUUGGUUACUUGGACACACA